AUGUCUCAGCGCGGUCAUGUUCCUGCAUUGCCGCCUUUGGCGCGUGACCAUGAGCCUAAUAAAAGUAUCAUCUACGGUCUCAACCAUCACGAACCUGACGCGACUCACCUGACUUGGUACCUCAUGAGUCGAUCUGGCGAGGUAGAGGGAUCAAGCAACAACGUUGCUGCAGUUCACGACUCGAUUUCCCAAAAGGAUACAGCAAUCGAACAAGGGCCUCAAGAAGAACCCGAAGAGACUCAGGUCGGUGAGGUAGAAGAGGAAGUAAAGCCAUCGGCCAAAGACAAGUUCGAAGACGAGUACGACAGCGACGACGAACAUCGUCUUUGCUCCCUACUUCUGUACUUUAUCUCCAAGACUCUUCUCAGCCACCUGAGAAACGAACCGGAAGAACCACCCAUGGACCGAUUCGCUGAGCAAUUAUUCGGAAAGCAGGACCAGUCCUCUCGCGGUCGACUAGCACAGGAACCCAGUUUCAUGGAAACAUUCGCCAAGAACCUGGCCAAAUCUGCUGCAAAGUCUGCUGCCAAACGAGCCAUGGGCCAGACCUCCUCUGAGAAGCGAACCCGCGAUUGGGCUCGAGGUACUAGCAGUAACCAGAUCAACCCUGAGGACUUUCGAGGUGUUGCAGAGUUUGUGAUUGGUAUGCUUAACAGCAACAAGAGUGAACGACCCAGGGGUGAGGAUGAUCGGAAGAAGGAUAAGAAGAGGAAGAGGGAUAAAGAGAAGGAUAGAAGUAGAGAGGCUCCGAGGAGUAGGGAUGUUGAGGACGAAGGAGAGAGAUAUGGGUCGGAUAAGGAAAGGAGAAAGAGGAGGAGACAACGUGUUACUUUUGCAGAGCCAUACUAUGAUUCUCGUCAAGAAGAGGCUUACUAUCCCCCGCCCUACGAGCCACGCCGUCGCCACGACCGCGGUCGGGAACGAGAGAAAGAACAAGAUCCAAACCAAAGCCAAGGUUACAGAGAAGAACAAGACCAAAGACCAAGCCGAGGCGAAGAAGACCGCGAAGACCGCAGACGUCGUCGUCGCCAACGUCGCUACAAAAAAGGUCUGGAUCUCAAAACCCUCAAGACAGAACUCGAAGCCAUGUCCAGCACCAUCAUCUCCCUGAAUGCUCGUGGUGCUCAACAUCGCGACUGUGAAUUCUAUGAUCGGUUUGUCCGAAAGGGCGGGAGGCUACAGGAUGUUAUCGGAAGCACGUUGGGUCAGAUCAGGGGUUUGCAGGAGGGAGAUGCUGAGGCUGAUGAGCGGAGACGGAGGAGGGAUGAUAGAAGGAGGGAGAAGAGGUGA